AUGGAGCGGGAAGCGGGGUCGUCCGAGGACUCGUCGGGAUCCCCGGGGAAGCCGCGGAGGCGACGCCGGAGACGCCGGAGACGCCGGAGACGCCGGCGCUGGGACGGCAGGACGCGCGCCGUGCGCACCGUGCGCUCCAACCUGCUGCCGCCGGGCGCGCAGGACGCGGCGGGCCGCGCCGAGGGCCGCCCCGGGCGCCCACCCCGACGGCCGCCCCGGCCCCGGCGCGGCUGCGCGCAGCACCUGGCCGACAAUCGGCUCAACACCACCAAGUACACGCUGCUGUCCUUCCUGCCCAAGAACCUCUUCGAGCAGUUCCACCGCCUGGCCAACGUCUACUUCGUCUUCAUCGCGCUGCUCAACUUCGUGCCGGCGGUGAACGCCUUCCAGCCCGGCCUGGCCCUGGCGCCCGUCCUCUUCAUCCUGGCGGUCACGGCCAUCAAGGACCUGUGGGAGGAUUACAGCCGCCACCGCUCCGACCACGAGAUCAACCACCUGGGCUGCCUGGUCUUCAGCCGGGAAGAGAAGAAAUACGUGAACCGAUUCUGGAAAGAAAUCCACGUGGGAGACUUCGUGCGGCUCCGCUGCAAUGAGAUCAUCCCGGCGGACAUCCUGCUGCUGUCCUCCAGUGACCCGGACGGCCUGUGCCACAUCGAGACCGCCAAUCUGGACGGCGAGACCAACCUCAAGAGGCGGCAGGUGGUCCGCGGCUUCUCAGAGCUCGUCUCCGAAUUCAAUCCCUUGACCUUCACCAGUGUCAUCGAGUGCGAGAAACCGAACAAUGACCUAACUCGGUUCCGAGGUUGCAUCAUUCACGAGAACGGGAAGAAGGCCGGGCUGCAUAAGGAGAACCUGUUGCUCCGAGGCUGCACCAUCCGGAACACGGAGGCCGUGGCUGGCAUCGUGGUCUACGCAGGACACGAAACUAAAGCUCUGUUGAACAACAGCGGGCCCCGCUACAAGCGCAGCCAGCUGGAGAGGCAGAUGAACUGCGACGUGCUGUGGUGUGUCCUCCUCCUCGUUUGUAUGUCUCUCUUUUCAGCCGUCGGACAUGGAUUGUGGGUUCGGAGGUAUCAAGAGAAGAAAGCAUUAUUCGAGGUCCCUGAGUCUGAUGGCAGCUCUCCCUCCCCAGUCACAGCGGCCGUGUAUUCCUUUUUGACAAUGAUCAUAGUUCUGCAGGUUUUGAUCCCCAUUUCUUUGUAUGUUUCCAUUGAAAUUGUCAAAGUGUGCCAAGUGUACUUCAUUAACCAGGACAUAGACUUGUAUGACGAAGAGACUGACUCACAGUUGCAGUGUCGAGCUCUGAACAUCACCGAGGACUUAGGGCAGAUACAGUACAUUUUCUCCGAUAAAACUGGCACCUUAACUGAAAAUAAGAUGGUUUUCCGAAGAUGCAUUGUGUCUGGUGUUGAAUAUUCUCAUGAUGCCAAUGCCCAGCGUCUGGCCAGGUACCAGGAGGCUGACUCUGAGGAGGAGGAGACUGUGCCCAGGUCCAGCACGCUGUCCCAGCGUGGCAGCAUUGGGAGCCACCAGAGCGUGCGGAUCAUGCACCGAACCCAGAGCACCAAGUCCCACCGGCGCACCAACAGCCGUGCAGAGGCAAAGAGGGCCAGCAUGCUGUCCAGGCACACGGCGUUCAGCAGCCCCAUGGAAAAAGACAUCACGCCCGACCCGAAGCUGCUGGAGAAGGUGAGCGAGUGUGACCGACGCCUGUCCAUCGCCAGGCACCAGGAACGCCCCCUGGCCCACCUCUCGCCCGAGCUGUCCGACGUGUUCGACUUCUUCAUUGCGCUCACCAUCUGCAACACAGUGGUGGUCACCUCCCCGGAUCAGCCACGACAAAAGGUGCGGGUGAGGUUAGAGCUCAAGUCCCCCGUGAAGACCAUCGAGGGCUUCCUGCGGAGGUUCACGCCCAGCCGCCUGGCCUCGGGCUGCAGCAGCGGGAGCCUGGCCACCAAGUUCAGCCAGAAGUCGGGGUCCAGCUUCCUGUCCAACCUGUCCCACGACAGCAUCUUCGACCGGCUGGGCCAGCCGGCGCCGGCCCUGGCCAGCAACGGCUACAGCAGCCAGGCCAGCGGCACGGACGGCGCCGAGGGGCCCGAGGGCGCCGGCGGCUGGAGCCCCGAGCGCGCGCAGGCCCCGGACCGCGCCGCCGCCGCCGCCGACCCCGAGCUGCGCUACGAGGCCGAGAGCCCCGACGAGGCGGCGCUGGUGUACGCGGCCCGCGCCUACAGCUGCCGGCUGGCCGACCGGCUGCACGACCAGGUGUCGGUGGAGCUGCCGCACCUGGGCCGCCUCACCUUCGAGCUGCUGCACACGCUGGGCUUCGACUCCAUCCGCAAGCGCAUGUCGGUGGUGAUCCGCCACCCGCUCACCGACGAGAUCAACGUCUACACCAAGGGCGCCGACUCCAUGCUCAUGGACCUGCUGCGGCCCUGCUCCCCAGACGAUGCCAGGGGGAGACAUCAAAAGAAGAUCCGAAGCAAAACACAGAAUUACCUCAACCAGUACGCGGGGGAAGGCCUGCGCACCCUGUGCAUCGCCAAGAGGGUUCUGAGCAAAGAAGAGUAUGCCUGUUGGCUGCAAAGCCACCUGGAAGCCGAAUCCGCCGUGGACAACCGCGAGGAGCUCCUCUUCCAGUCUGCCAUCCGCCUGGAGACCAAUCUGCAUCUGCUGGGGGCCACUGGGAUUGAGGAUCGCCUGCAAGAUGGAGUCCCAGAAACCAUCGCUAAAUUUCGGCAAGCCGGCCUGCAGAUCUGGGUCCUCACUGGAGACAAACAAGAGACGGCCAUCAACAUUGCGUACGCCUGCAAGCUCCUAGACCAUGGCGAGGAAGUCAUCACUCUCAAUGCUGAUUCCCAGGAAGCGUGUGCAGCCCUCCUGGAUCAGUGCCUGCAGUAUGUGCAAUCCAGGGGGCCCUACAGUGCCCCCGAGAACACGGAAAGCAAUGUGAGCGUGGGGUUCUCCCCUCUCUACCCAGCCUCCACGUCCUCGGCCUCCGGCCCCAGCCCCAGCCUCGUGAUCGACGGGAGAAGCCUAGCGUAUGCCUUGGAGAAAAACCUGGAGGACAGAUUUCUCUUCCUGGCCAAGCAGUGCCGCUCGGUCCUCUGCUGUCGGUCCACCCCUCUGCAGAAGAGCAUGGUGGUGAAGCUGGUGCGAAGCAAGCUCAAGGCCAUGACGCUGGCCAUAGGUGAUGGAGCCAAUGAUGUCAGCAUGAUCCAGGUGGCAGACGUGGGCGUGGGAAUCUCAGGCCAAGAGGGCAUGCAGGCAGUGAUGGCCAGUGACUUUGCAGUGCCCAGAUUCCGAUACCUGGAGAAACUCCUCAUUGUCCACGGCCAUUGGUGCUACUCCCGCCUGGCGAACAUGGUGCUGUACUUCUUCUACAAAAACACAAUGUUCGUGUGCCUCCUGUUUUGGUUCCAGUUUUACUGUGGCUUCUCCGCGUCUUCCAUGAUCGACCAGUGGUACCUGAUCUUCUUUAAUCUGCUCUUCUCGUCACUUCCCCAGCUUGUGACUGGGGUGCUGGACAAAGACGUGCCGGCCGACGUGCUGCUACGUGAGCCACAGCUCUACAGAAGUGGCCAGAAUAUGGAGGAGUACCAGCCCCGUGCCUUCUGGUUAAACAUGGUAGACGCCGCCUUCCAAAGCUUGGUGUGCUUUUUCAUCCCUUACCUGGCGUACUACGACUCAGAUGUGGACAUGUUCACCUGGGGGACCCCCAUCACGGCGAUCGCACUGUUCACCUUCGUGCUGCACCUGGGUAUUGAAACCAAAACCUGGACCUGGCUCAACUGGAUUGCUUGUGGCUUCAGUAUCCUUCUGUUUUUCUCUGUGGCUUUGGUUUACAAUGCCUCCUGCGCCACGUGCUACCCUCCCUCGAACCCCUACUGGAGUAUGCAGACCUUGCUGGGAGACCCCGUGUUCUACUUGACUUGCUUCCUCGCGCCCAUCACGGCCCUGCUGCCCAGAUUGUUCUUCAGAGCCCUCCAGGGAAGCCUGUUCCCCACUCAGCUCCAAUUGGGACGUCAGUCAGCCAAGAAAUCCCCCAAGAAACUCAACACUCCCCAAGAAAUCUUUGCUCAGGGACACCUCCCAGGAGACCCAAGAACUGAGCAUUCCCAAGGGCGGACCCUGAAUCCUUCCAGGUCCCUGUCCAACAAUUGUGCCUCCUGCUCCCCCGAGGCCAGGGGAGAGCCCAGUGCGGUGGACACCAGUGUGCCGUUGAGAGAGAACACCCUGGUGGAGGGGUUGGGGACCCAAGCCCCAGGACCCUCCCUGCUGGGAGAAGCUACUUCCCAAGACUGUCCUGGAGACUCGAAGAGGAAAUCGACCAGUGCAGGCCGGGCAGCACCCCUGGCCUCCCUCUUCAACCUCCCCAACUUCAGCUCCCUCAACUGGGCCUCCUCCUUGUCCCUGGUCAGUGGGCUGGGGAGUGUCUUACAGUUUUCCAGGAGUAGUUUACAGAUGGAUAAACAGGAUGACGAGUUCCUGGCCAGUCCGCCGCCAUCAGAUCAGGACUUGCAUGGCUUACAAGGACAAGUCUCUGACUAUUUCUAGGGUCCUUUUUCUUUAUAGAACAUAGAUGUUAAUGUUAUUUAUGUUUAUUAUUUGCACAGGAGAGUUCUAGGGGAGAUGUUAUUUUUAAAUGUUUCCAAGGCUUAAUCCAGAGAAAGCAGAGGUACCAAAAGAAAAGUUUUAUUUUUUAAAGUUCUAAAUAGAGUAUAUUGAUAAAGAAAAAUAAGAGCUUUAACAUAUAUAUGU